AUGAGUGAAAGCAACCGACUGAAGAGCACCGUUUAUGUCGGCGGCCUUGACCAGGCUGUCACAGCUCAUACCCUCGCAGAGGCAUUCGUGCCAUUUGGUGAGGUUUUCGACAUCUCCCUUCCCAAGCCAGAUCAACCGAACACUGGCGACGUUCACCGAGGCUUCGGAUAUGUGGAGUUCGACCUCCCGCAAGAUGCCAAAGAGGCAAUCGACAACAUGGAUGGCAGUGAUCUUUAUGGACGGACGAUCAAGGUCGCUGCAGCGAAGCCACAGAAGGAUGCCAACGAGGGCCUAGGCAGCAAAACUGCUAUUUGGGAACAGGAGGGCUAUCUGGCCAAACACGCCGUCAGUGAAGAAGACCGACAAGCAGCCGAGGAAGCCCGAGAAGCAGGCAAUCGGCCCCAGGACCCAAUGCAAGGAUUGGAACAGCUUGACGUCGCUGGGCCAAAGCCCGAAUGA